GAUGGAUGGCUUAUGUCCACCCAUGUGGACCCCAGCUUGUACGGCGGCUGUAACUACGUUGACUGGUCAACGACCAACUCGAUCCCGCCCUAUUCACGGAUUCCAGAAACAAUACAAUCAGCGGCACGUGGGAAAUUCAAUGGCCUUGUUUCUUCCCAAAAAUACAUUCGUCCUGGUUCGAAUUAUUUACGGUAAUUGCCAACUAACGUCCCCAUCACGUACUUUUCAAAAAUCAAUCGUUUUCGUGCCUUCUUUGGAUUUCAUUUUCUUCCUUCUCUCAGUGCCAUCUUCAUAUGAUUCCCAGCAGUCGUUUCCUCGGUAGACUUUUUGGGAAUUGGGUUUUUUUCCCUCUGUGAUUUGGUAAGAUAAUGACCCAUUUUUGAGUGGUUUGGUUUUUCUAAUUUUCAUUCUGGAUUUUUUAUUUGUGUAGUUGCAAAAACCCAAAUACCAAUUUGUUGGAUGGAGUUUAUAUUCCAAAUUUGAAGCUAGGAUUUGUGAUUUUCAAUUUUUUGUUAAUCUCUUUUUAUCUUUUUCUGAUGGAGAAAUGGUGUAAGAUUUAGAGGUUGGCAAUGAAAUUCGAGAGAAAAGGAAUGUGGGUGGUUAAAAAUUCAAACUAUGUUGUAAUCAGCAAUUUGAAUUUUGGGUGCAAGAGAUGGUGGUGUAGAAGUCAGAACAGCUGGUGAGGGAGGGAUUCCAAUGAAUAAGAUGAUUUAGGAGCAUUCAGUAUGAUUUUGGGGCUGAAACCAUGAAAUGUUUGAAUUUUCUUUUAUGUGGAGGUGGCUUGAAUGGUAUUUCUAGGUGCUAAAAAUGCAAUUGGAUUUCGGUUUUCUCUUUAUACGGAUUGAAUGGAAUCUGUUUGGGUGUUUGGAUGUUGACGGAAUUCGUUUUCAGCACAUCACAGGAUUUCCUAAUCAAGACCUUGAAAUAUUUGAAAAUUUCAAGGUGGUGGAGGUGGAUUGAAUGGUGUUUUGAGUUAUAGAGAACAUUUUUGGAAUUGGGGUUUCUGGUGGAACAGAAAUUGCAUUAGGAAGCUUAAAACUCGUGAAGCAGGAUAUUCCGAGAAUUGGGUCUGAUGGAGAUGCCGGAGAUGCCACAAAAGCCACCAAGGAAGAAGAUGACGAAGCAAUUGACAGGGAAACGCGAUGAUACUCCGCUGCAUACGGCCGCAAGGAACGGAAAUCUAGCCAUGGUUAUGCAAAUUAUCUCUGGAGCUGAGGGUGAGGAGCUGGAUGAUUUGUUGAUGAAAGAGAAUCAAGCGGGCGAAAACGCUCUCUUCGUAGCUGCUGAGUAUGGGUACAUCGAUGUUGUGAGAGAAAUGAUUAAGUACCAUGAUAUCGUGUCCGCCGGCGUGAAAGCAAAGAAUGGUUAUGAUGCGUUCCAUAUUGCGGCCAGACAAGGGGACAUAGAGAUCUUGAAGGUGCUUCUGGGUGCUCUUCCAGAACUCUCCAUGACUGUCGAUUUAUCAAACACGACGGCAUUACACACAGCCGCAACACAAGGUCAUAUAGAGGUGGUGAACUUUCUCCUAGAAGUCGAUGGCAGUCUAGCAAAGAUAGCAAGAAGCAAUGGCAAAACCGCCUUGCAUUCCGCAGCAAGGAACGGGCAUGUGGAGGUGGUGAAAGCCCUUCUAAGCAAUGAGCCUGGAAUUUCAACAAGAACAGAUAAGAAGGGGCAGACAGCAUUUCACAUGGCAGUGAAGGGUCAAAACCUUGAGCUUGUUGAAGAGCUUCUCAAGUGUGAGCCUUUGGUGAUCAACAUGGUAGACAGCAAGAGAAAUACAGCAUUGCAUAUUGCAACUCGGAAGGGCCGAGCUCAGAUUGUAAGACGGCUACUCGAGUUUGAAGGGACUGAUACCAAAGCAAUCAACAGGUCAGGUGAAACUGCACUUGACACCGCUGAGAAAACCAACAACCCAGGCAUUGCGGCCAUCCUACGUGAGUUCGGUGUCCAACCUGCAAGGGCCCUCAAACCUCCGAGCGCCGCCCGAGAACUGAAACAAACAGUCAGCGACAUAAAGCACGAGGUCCAUUCCCAGCUUGAACACACCCGCCAGACGCGUAGACGCGUGCAAGGCAUUGCCAAGCGGCUCAACAAGCUCCACGAGGAGGGCCUCAACAACGCAAUAAACUCCACCACAGUGGUCGCUGUCCUCAUCGCCUCUGUUGCUUUUGCGGCCAUCUUCACUGUCCCUGGUGAGUACGCCAACAGCCCCGAAAGACUCGGACCAGGCAUCUCCAUGGGAGAAGCCAACAUUGCGAAUCAGACAGCAUUCAUGAUCUUCUUCGUGUUGGACUCGAUAUCUCUCUUCAUAUCACUGGCCGUAGUGGUUGUACAGACGUCGAUUGUGGUUAUAGAACGGAAGGCGAAGAAGCAAAUGAUGGCGAUUAUAAACAAGCUAAUGUGGUUGGCAUGCGUGCUUGUAUCAGUCGCGUAUCUAGCACUGGCAUUUGUUGUUGUAGGGGAGACUGAGAGGUGGUUGGCAGUUUGGGUGACAGUUAUUGGGACAACAAUCAUGGCUGCGACAAUAGGGACCAUGUGUUAUUGGGUGGUGAUGCACCGGAUCGAAGCAUCGAAUCUUAGGAGCAUCAGAAGGACGUCGGCGAGUCGGGAUCACUCAUUUACCAUGUCGGUAGUGUCCGAUACUGAGCUUCUAAACAACGAUUAUAAGAGAAUGUACGCGAUUUGAGACUGCUACACUGGAUUUUUGUUGAUGGUGUUGCUGAUCUCUCUCUCUCUCUCUCUCUCUCUCUCUAAUUCCUAUUGUUGUAUAUUUGCAUGUAAUUAUAGUUUUGAUCUUUCAUUCCAUGAGAUUUUUAGACUUGUGAGUUGAAGUUUGCACCUGCACAUUCUCAACUGUGGUAUGGUUGGACAGGGUUGGAUGAGAGAUACAAGCCACUGAUUAAGUGGGCCCCACCAUUUCUGAUCA